AUGGGGCAGGGCCUCAGCGUCGCCGUCGACGCCCUGUCCUGCCAGAGCCUCCGCAAGGCGGACAUCAAGCCCUGGCUCUUCUCCAAGAAGAAGGGCUCCAAGAGCCUCGACGCCGACGGCAAGGUCGACAUCUUCUGGGACAUCUCCGCCGCCAGGUUCGGCGCCGGGUCGGAGCCGCUGGAGGGCUUCUACGUCACGCUGCUCUUCGACCUCGAGCUGGCGCUCCUGCUCGGUGACAUGAAGAAGGACGCCUACCGCAAGACCGGCGCCAACCGCCCGGCGCUCAACGCCGCCUUCAUCGCCAGGAAGGAGCACAUUUACGGCAAGAAGAUUUACUCCGCCAAGGCGCAGUUCUGCGACAAUGGCCCGCCCCCUAGCAUCGCGCGCUGGUUCGCGAGAGCGCUCGCCGACUCGACCAACGCCGUCUCCCAGUCUGGCCCGGUUGCCAUCGAACAGGGCCAGCGCAAGCUGCGCCCGUGCUCUUCCCUAGACAUGGCUUCCGCCUUCAAGUUCAAGAAGUCCGCCUCCUCCGUCGUGGCCAGGCACCAGCCGUGG